AUGAGGCUCUCAUAUGCUCUCCUAACAGCCACCCUCACUGGGCUUGGACAGGCGAGGUUGACAGCACGGCAGGAUGUUGACCCAACGGAACUGUACCCGGAACACUACAUUUCUAUGCCUGUGGACCACUUCCACAAUGAAUCCCGAUACGAGCCACAUUCCAAUAAAACCUUCAAGCUGCGGUACUUUUUCGACGCAACAUAUUACAAGCCCGGGGGACCUGUAAUAGUCUUACAAAGCGGAGAGGCAGAUGCCAGCGAGCGCCUACCGUACCUGCAGAAAGGAAUCGUGUACCAGCUUGCGUCGGCUCUAAAUGGUAUCGGCGUGGUCUUGGAGCACAGAUAUUAUGGGAAAAGCUUUCCUACACCUGACCUGUCAACCAAGAAUUUGCGGUUUCUGUCCACAGACCAAGCCGUAGCUGACCAAGCCUACUUUGCCUCACACAUCGUCUUUCCGGGGAUGGAGAAUCUCAAUUUAACAGCCCCCGGUACGCCCUACCUAGCCUAUGGAGGCUCAUAUUCUGGCGGAAUCGUUGCAUUCUUGCGCAAACUAUACCCUCAGAUCUACUGGGGCGCGAUUUCAUCGUCAGGAGUUACGGAAGCCAUCUAUGAUUAUUGGGCGUACUAUGAACCGGUUCGCCAGUACGGUCCACCUGCAUGUAUCGCAGCACAAACGAAGUUGAUCAAUAUCAUGGAUAACAUCCUCCAGAAGAAUGACGCAAAGACUGUUGCACAGCUUAAGAAAGGGCUCGGUAUGCAGACCCUUACGCACAACGAUGAUCUAGCCAACCUCGCGUCGAGCGGAAUUGGCUGGUGGCAGUCGAGAAACUGGGACCCAGAGGUCAACAGUCCGGAAUUCAGCUACUAUUGCGGCAAUAUCAGCUCCGACACUCUUCUCUGGCCUAGCUCUGCUUCUAUGAAGGACAAUGCCACAGCGCUGAUAGAAGCGGGCGGAUGGGCCAAUGAGAGCGCACAACUGCUAAACCCUUUGCUCAACUGGCUGGCAUGGACCAACGAUAGCUAUGCUGGGUCAUGCGACAGUACGUUCGAUGAAUGCUAUGGCACUCACAAUGAAUCAGCGCCGAUGUAUGCCGAUAAGAACAUUACCAACUACAAUGCACUGUCGUGGCCGUAUCAAUACUGUAAGGAAUGGGGCUAUAUUCAAGACGGAGCAAGUGUCCCUCACGACCGACUUCCUCUCAUAUCCCGUCUCCUGACAGUCAAAUAUCUUACGCAAGUUUGCCGGUAUGCAUUCAACAUUACUACGCCGCCUGAUGUCAACGCUGUCAAUAAAUAUGGCGGCUUCAACAUCUCCUAUCCCAGACUUGCAACCAUAGGAGGUGAGGCCGACCCCUGGCGGCCCGCGACAGCGUUGGCAACGUUAUCUCAGCCUGACGUCCUUAACCAAACAAGCACGCCGAGCGAACCUGUCGUUUUAAUUCAAGGAGCAGUGCAUCACUGGGAUGAAAAUGGUUUGGUGAGUCUUCCCAAUGGCGAUCCCGACCUAGAUGUCGGGCUAGUAGUCUUUGCCAUGGUGAACAUGCGCUGA